CCGUUUCCUCUCUAUCCUCUCUCUCUCCCGUGGCAGCUCUUUCUCAGCUGCAGUCUUGUCCGAUACAAUGCCAGACGAACAGAAGUCCAAGUUUGGGCAUCUCCCUCUCAGCACCAAGGGGCCACUCGAAUGUGCCCUCAAAGGUACCGUCCUGCUCAACCACCCGUUCUUCAACAAGGGAUCUGCCUUUUCCAAGGAAGAGCGCCGGGACUUCGAGCUUUCCGGCCUGCUGCCACAGGGCAUCCAGUCUCUGGAACAACAGGCUCACAGGGCUUAUGAGCAGUACUCUAGCAGGGCUGACGAUCUCGCCAAGAACACAUUUCUGACAUCGAUGAAAGAGCAGAACCAUGUUCUCUAUUUCAAGCUAUUGCAGGACCAUUUGGACGAGAUGUUCAGUGUCGUCUAUACGCCGACCGAAGGCGAUGCGAUCCAGAACUUCUCUCGGCUCUUCAGACGCCCUGAGGGUUGCUUCUUGAACAUCCACGACAUUGACCGAAUCCCCCACGAUCUUUCUCUGUGGGGCGAGCCGGAAGACAUCGACUACAUUGUAGUUACUGAUGGCGAAGAGAUCCUCGGCAUUGGUGACCAGGGCUGCGGUGGCAUCCUGAUAUCAGUGGCGAAGCUUGUGCUCACGACUCUGUGUGCCGGCAUCCACCCAAACCGGGUCUUGCCAGUUGUUCUCGAUUGCGGUACAGACAACGAGAGACUCCUGAAUGAUCCUCUGUACCUGGGGCUGCGAGAGAAGCGGGUUAGAGGGCCGCAGUACGACAAAUUCGUCGACACAUUUAUCGAAUCCGCCCGCAAGCUGUAUCCGAGAGCCUACAUCCACUUCGAAGACUUUGGCCUAGACAACGCGCGACGCAUCCUAGAUAAAUAUCGGGACAAAAUCCCGUGCUUCAACGACGAUGUCCAAGGCACCGGCUGCGUCACCCUCGCCGCCAUCAUGGCAGGCCUGCACGUGAGCAACCAGAAGCUCAGUGACCUCCGGAUGAUAAUUUUCGGCGCUGGUACCGCAGGCGUCGGAGUCGCCGACCAAGUCCGUGACGCCAUCGCCACGGAGCGAGGCAUCAGCAAGGAAGAGGCAUCCAAGCAGAUCUGGCUCAUCGACAAGCCCGGCCUCCUCACAACAGGGACUCCCCUAACCGAAGCCCAAAAGCCCUUCGCCAAACCCAAAGAAGACUGGACCAACAAGCCCACCGACCUCCACUCCAUCGUCGAGGCAAUCCACCCCAACGUCCUAAUCGGCACCUCCACCGUCCGCGGCGCCUUCACCGAGCCCAUCAUCCGCGCCAUGGCCUCGCACACCCCGCGCCCCAUCAUCCUCCCGCUCUCCAACCCCACCCGCCUCCACGAGGCCGUCCCAUCCGACCUCCUCCGCUGGACCUCGGGCGCCGCCCUCGUCGCCACGGGAUCCCCCUCCGACCCCGUCCGCGGACCGUGGGGCCCAGGGGGGAGCGAAAUCACCGUCCGACCCGCCGAGUGCAACAACAGCGUCGUGUUCCCCGGCGUCGGGCUGGGGUGCGUGCUGGCGCGCGCGGCGAGGCUGACGGAUCGCAUGCUCGUCGCUGCUGUGGGUGCCGUGGCGGGGAUGAGUCCCGCGCUGCAGGGGGAGGGGGAGGGAGAGGAGGUGCUGCCGCUGCUUCCCGGGGUUGAUGUUGUGAGGGAUGUUAGCGUCAGGGUCGCGGCUGAGGUGGUGAGGGCAGCGGUGCGGGAGGGGGUGGCCACGGAGGAGGGGAUACCGGAGGGGAGGGAGGAGCUGGAGGAGUGGAUACGGGAGCAGAUGUGGGAUCCGGUGUAUAGGCCGCUGAAGCUUGUGGGGAUGGAGGGGGCGAGUAGGCAGGCGAGGGGCGAGCUGAGGGUUGUGGGGAGCCUUGACACGGAUGGGAGGGAGUGAGGGAAUUUCUAUUUCCGUUGCUUGGAGCGAGGAGGAGCAGAGGUGCAAGUUUGAUGGACAUGUGUAUGCACUUGCGUUGUCUAUUUUAAUGGGGCCUGUCAUGAUAUAACCCCCAUUUGAAAUGAGUGUCCGCAUUCUGAUUCUGACACCAGCACAGAGCUUGUAUUCAUAGUCUACCUGCAACGAGAAGGAUUCCAUUCUUCUCUUACGGCCUGAGAGCCAUCGUGCUCCGCAUGAUGCUCCCGAGCCCACCGAAUCCGAGGGGGUUCCAGCUUCGUCUCACAUGACGAACAAAAGAUUGGUAUCUAGAUUAGAC